AUGAGCCUUGAUCCGAGCUCGUUUCCGAGAUCGAACUCCCCCGCAAGCUCCGAGAGCUCUCUUGCGCGAUCCCGCUUACGAGGCAAAGAAGAGAACCUAAAGAAGGAUAAAAAUUACCGUCGUUAUGCGUCGAGCGUUGAGCGAGCCCUCUCUUUGUUCGACACGGCGUUGCAGGAAUGGGCGGACUAUAUCUCUUUUCUAAGUCGGCUUCUGAAGGCCCUUCAAUCUCACCCGCCUGACCUACCGAUCGUCCCUCACAAGGUUCUCGUCUCGAAACGGCUCGCGCAAUGCCUAAAUCCUUCGUUGCCGUCUGGUGUUCAUCAGAAGGCACUUGAAGUAUAUACAUAUGUCUUUGGUUUGAUCAAGCCAGAAGGACUAUCGCACGAUCUGCCAUUGUAUCUGCCCGGCGUCGCACCUACCUUAGCAUUCGCUUCACUUACCGUCCGCCCUCUAUUCUUAAACUUGGUAGAGACAUAUAUCUGUGGCCUGGAGCCAUGGGCUAUCAGACCCGCCUUGAAGGCGAUCAUCCUAGCCCUUCUACCCGGAAUUGAAGAAGAAACCAGCGAUGACUUUGACCCAACUCUCCGGCUUAUCAAUAAAUUUCGCGAUAUCUCUAGCCAGAUGGACACACAGAGGCCAGGUGGAGAUGUCAACACAAGCGGUCAAUACUUCUGGCAAUGCCUUUUUCUCGCGUCAAUCACUAGUCCAAGUAGGCGUUCAGGAGUGCUGGCUUACCUGAAUCGCUAUCUCCCCAAGUUAGGUGUCACGGACCGAAGACCAAGCAAAAGCAGUAGCGACGGCUCCAACGAUAUGCCACAUGACAUGCAGAUGGCAGCAGACUCAGUUGUCCUCCCGGAACCUGGUUUACUUAUUCGUUGUUUUGCAUCCGGGUUAACCGACGAGCAAGUCCUUGUCCAGCGAAACUUUCUCGAUUUGCUUGUGACGCAUCUGCCACUGAGCUCGCCUAUUUUGCAGUCUCGGAUCACGGUUGAUGACCUCCAAAGGUUACUCAUUGCAGCUGUGGGCGUUGUAGCUCGAAGAGAUAUGAGUUUGAAUCGGAGAUUAUGGGCUUGGCUUCUAGGUCCCGACCCUGCAAGCGACCGAACAUCAUUCGAGGCUCGGAAUUCGAUAUCGGAAAACGCAGAUGCAUCCACUGGCAGUGGUCAAGAACUUUCACAAUCCGAAUACUUCCGCCAAUUUGGACUUGAACCACUGGUGGGAGGUCUUUUAGAGAUAAUCGGACAGAAAACCGUAGUCCCCUCAGAGAAGACAAGGCCCUUCCGGAUAUCGUUGUCAUUGAUGGACCGAUGGGAAGUCGGUGGGCACAUAGUCACUGCAGUCUUUCUCCCCAUUAUUCGAAACGUUCAAGCUUUUGAGAAGGUAGCCUCCAAACCGCACUUUGACGAAGUUUUCCGCAGUGCCAGCGCCUUUUUUGAUGGUGUCGAGAGCGGGGUGAUUUUCUCGGAACUGCUCAAGUUGAUAGAUUGGACACCAGAGAGCCUUGAUCGCGACAAUGGUCAGGUAAUGGAUAACCUUAGACUCGCUCAAUUCAUUCUGGAAAAUUUCAAUGUGCGAGAGGAGGACAUGGUUCUGAACCAUGUCCCGCUGCUGACCCUCUCGGUCCUUAUCAAGAUGAAUGAGCUCUCUCCGAAAAAUCAUCCUAAAAUUGCACAUGAUCAACUACGGCUUGUGUCGCAGGGACUCUUUAAAGUGAUAAGCUCUCUGACGGGCCUGCUUACAGAAAGGGCUUUCUCCAAGAAGUUGGCGUCUGAAAAGAUAACCAAAAACCAUCCGACUGAUGACCUCAAUAUGCCUGAAGUUCUAGAGAAGAUCCAUGGUUUCUAUAAGCAAAGCACCAGCAGCCUUGAUCCCCAUCCAUUACCGUUCGCUUCUAAACAACUUGCGGAGCUGAUAAUUAGCAAAGCCUACGAACUCGUGAUAUCAGCACUUGCGGGUGAUAACGACAUCGCAUCUAUACAGGAGAACGUAAACCUUCUUAUUAUACUGCUAAAGAAGCUUCCCAAGUCACGCAUACCGCGCGACAGGCGGCUUUAUCUUGCCAUCUGUAACCGCGUUAGUGCGAAUCAUACUGAGCAAUCUACUGCUACUUUCUCGGCUAUCUCAUCCAUUGCAACCGGUGUCAAGAACUUAUAUUCUAUCCAAAGUCCCGGCUUUUAUAUCAGCUAUGAAGAUAUUUCUGAUCUCAUCCCGUCACUUGUUAAACAGAUUUGGCAAUACCUUUCACCUUUGAGCCCAAAAUUCCAUGUGGAGGCAGUCCGCUGCCUGUGGCACUUACAUUCAGUCUCCUGGCUUGACCACCUUGUUGAGGCAUCUAUAACAUCUCUGAUGGUCAACUCAUCCAACACGUCACGUCAACUCUUAUCGGAGGAACAGGUUGGAAGGUACUUCGUAUUGUGGAAUCACAGCCAUCAUGGUGCCUAUGAACUUCCUUCGAAGCACGCACAAGAUUCGGCGCUGACCCAGGUUUCUUACCAAUCUUCCCUGCUUGAACGUCCACUUUUUAUUGUGGUCUUCCACAUAGUUGUUUCACGGCUGGAGAGUCUUUUCACCCAAGCUGAUCCCUCUGUGGCAAAUCAAACAAGCCUUUCCAUAUCUUCCGAUGAUUACAAGGAAUGUAGCUAUCUAUUGGAGACGAUUCAUAACAUCAUAUCAGUCAUCCCCCACAAUGGGUGGGUUGCUUUACUGGCCCAGGCGUCAGCUCAAGGUGACAGACACCAUGAUGUCUCUGCUUCGGAAGAUAACCCCGGGACCCAAACAUUACACUCAUCCAUAUUCCACGCCAUCCUAAGAAUAGUUAGUGGACCGAAGACUACGGCACAGACAAGCUUCGACGAAGUCAAGUUGCAACAAACGUCCCUGCUUGUGAUGCGUCAACUCCUGCUAGGCCCAGGAGCUGAAGAGGUAGCUGAGUCUGGAAUUGACUCUCUUCUUGUUGAACGACUCUCUUCUGCAUUGGAUGAAGGCGGUAGCGUUGCUGUUCAAGAGGCCCUCAUUGACACUCUCCUUGCAGCCCUAAAAGUUCGGUUUGCUCAGGCGUACUUACCACAGCCCCCUCCUAGACCAAAACACCAGAGAGCCAGCUCACGUGAGCGCUUAACAAGUCCCUCUAUUCUAUCAUUUACGAGCGACAAGGCUGAAAAAGCACCCCCAAUCCCCACCAUGCCACAACCUCCUCAGCAGCUCCUAGAAUGUCUUCUCAAAGGUAUCAGCUCUCCGAACUCGAGGGGCACCGUGGAAAAAUGGACCAUGUUGCUCUGUGAAGUGCUUCCGCUAUACUCAGGAUCUAUAUUCCAGAUUAUCCUGAUGCUAGUGGAUUGCUUCUGUAAGGAGAUCCAAAUCGCGUACGCCAAUCUGCAACUUUCAUUCAAGCACACAAAAGGUUGGCCCGAGGAUAGGUCCGAACAUGCCACUAUAGCUCUACUCACGGGUCUUGAAACCUGCAUUGCAACCGCUCAUGACCGUCUUCUUGUGGAUGAAGCAAAUGUCACGGCCGUUAAGAGCCCAGACCAACCCCAGGGGUUCUUUGGAAAUAUGGUAUCAGGAGUGUUUGCAUCCGACGCCAGCCAUGGUCGUUCAACGGCUGCAAAUAAUAGACUUACUGUCUUGCUGUGCUUCCAAGAUGCUGUGCGCCUGUGCUUUUCUAUCUGGGCUUGGGGGGCCGUGGAGAGGAGUACCCUUCCUCAAGAUGCAGAGUCUCUGGCGUCCUUCCAAUAUACAUCUGUGCGUAUGAGGAACCGCUCCCGUCGGAUUCUCGAGCAUCUAUUCACAGCGGAGGCCCUUGAAUGCCUUGAGACAUUAGUAGAGAUGUGGACGAAGACAGACAGUAAUACCUCGUCUCUGAUUUUCAGCCUGCUUCACACCCUGGACGGGUCUCGACCAAAAAUUACAAUCCCGGCGGUAUUUAACGCCAUCUAUACCAGGACGAAUCCUUCCGCUCUAGACCCCAGUCGUAAAUCUACUUUAUCGUCGACUCUUACAGAAAAUGAGUUAGCAGGGUUUUUAGUCACUUAUGCCAGGUCUCUUGAUGACGAUGUUCUCGACGAGAUUUGGACAGACUGUACUACCUUUUUACGUGAUGUUUUGAGCAACCCAUUCCCACACAGACAGAUACUUCCUCGCUUGGUUGAGUUCGCCGCUAUUCUUGGUGCGAAGUUGGAGAACACCAGCUUCGGUGAGGAUCGUCGAAUGAGGAAGGAACUUGGGGAUGUACUGCUACGUUUGCUCACGGCAAUAUUCACCAGCAAGCCUCUGGGACUGUCACAGGAGUCGGGCUUGUUAGGUCGAGGCUCUUUAGAGCAUGAUAAUCUGCCAGCACCUCAUAUCGGACCUGAUGACAUGCUCAGCAUCCUUGCUAGUUCCAUGCCUGCCUUUACAAUUACAUUAGGUGACUCAGAUCGUAUUACUACGGCUGUAUCAGGCAUUUCUACCAAUGUGAUAGGACCCCUUUUGCGAUCGCGGCUUUUCCCCAACAACAUCAGCCACAGCUUUAUGGCACUCUUGCAACAUAUCGCAAAGGUUCCGGCUGCUGCGAAGAUAUGGAAGAAAGACAUUGCGGAUGCCUUUAAUGAUCCUAGAUUCUUCAGUUCUCACCUCGAACUUGUGAAGGGUGGAUGGAUGAACCUAUUACGACAAUGGGUGCUUGCUGAUAAGGAUCGAUUAUCUGAGCUGAUGUCUCGGCUUCCACCCCCGAGCACUGCGGGCAUUAUGUUUGGUGUGGGCGCGUCUGCAGCCCGCCUAGAUGCCGAUAGGAAGGCACAAUUGAACCUCCGUAGGAUUACCCUACUGAUCUUGUCCGCGAACAAUGACUACUUCAUUGGAGAACUACCUGGACUCCUCCAGAAGCUAGAAGAUCUCCUAGGGGCUACUAGUUCAUCAUCGCCGUCAUCCACGACUAGAGCAGAAAUCUUCAUGGUUCUUCGAGCUCUUGCACUAAAGAGUUCCACAACCGCGCUGGCUCCGUUCUGGCCGUUGAUCAAUACGGAGCUUCAAGAAGCGAUUGCUGCCGUUCCGCUUGGAUUACAGCAAGAGGUAUACAAUCCAUAUGCAUUGUUGCAGGCGUGUAAGCUUCUGGACACGCUACUCGUCCUUGCCCCGGAUGACUUCCAACUACUUGAAUGGCUUUAUGUUACGGAUACGAUAGAUGCCGUCUAUCCACCAGAACGCUGGGAGCCUAUGGCCCUUGCGGAUGAAAUCUCACAGAGUUUUGGGACGCGCUCCGCGGCCGCAGACGGCCCCAGGGAGUCGAACGAGCUCGGUUAUAGUGUGAAACAGCCGGGUCUAACAGCGGACUGGAUCCGUGAGACGGCAAAAGAUGAACUGAUUGAUCGGGUUCUUCGGCCUUGGUUUGAACAACUCAGCAUCCAUGCUUUCGAAAGCACAUACAGCAUGAGCAGUCCGGGCUUGACAACAUCUUACGAUGAUCUGUUGGCGGACCUAUUCAACGAGAGUACCAUGGCAAAUUAA